UUUUGCAUACUAUAUUCGAUAUUCCUCUUCUUCCAGGCUUCACUGGUACUCAAUGCGAGAUUGACAUAGAUGAGUGCGCGCUCAGGCCGUGCAUGAACGGCGGCACUUGCAGCGAUCUCAUAAACGCCUUCAAAUGCACCUGCGCCGAGGGUUUCACCGGCACCCACUGCCAGAUCAACAUCGACGACUGCAUCUCGUCACCGUGUAAGAACGGCGGCACUUGCCAGGACGGUAUCGCGAAGUACACGUGCGAGUGCCCGGCCGGCUUCACCGGCGACUCCUGCGAGACCAACAUCAACGACUGCGCCUCGAAUCCGUGUCGCAGCGGUAUCUGCAUCGACGGCGAGAACAGCUUUACCUGCAACUGCUCCCCCGGCUUCACCGGCAAGCUAUGCCAGACGCAGAUCGACGAGUGCGAGAGUAAUCCGUGUCAGUUCGGCGGUAGAUGCGAGGAUCGUAUCAACGGUUACCUGUGCAUCUGCCGACCGGGCACAUCCGGUGAGAACUGCGAGGUCAACGUUAACGAGUGCUACAGCAACCCCUGCCGAAAUGGAGCCAGAUGUAUCGACGGUAUUAACAGGUACUCCUGCGAAUGUGAGCCCGGCUUCACCGGUCAGCAUUGCGAGACCGACAUAAACGAGUGCGCGAGCAACCCGUGUGCGAACGGCGGCCGUUGCAUCGACGUGAUAAACGGCUUUAGAUGUGAGUGCCCGCGUGGCUACUACGACGCCAGGUGUCUGAGCGAUGUCGACGAGUGCGCGAGCUCACCCUGUUUGAACGGCGGCACUUGCGAAGACGGGGUGAACCAGUUUAUCUGCCACUGCCUGCCCGGUUACGGCGGCAAGAGGUGCGAAUCGAAUAUUGACGAGUGCGGCUCGAACCCUUGCCAGCACGGUGGCACGUGUAACGACCGUCUGAAUGGCUACAGCUGCAAUUGUCUACCGGGCUAUACCGGCACUAACUGCGAGACCAACAUCGACGACUGCGCCAACAACCCCUGCCAGAACGGCGGAUCCUGCAUCGAUCUCGUUAACGACUACAAAUGCGUCUGCGAGCUGCCUCAUACCGGCAGAAACUGCGAAGAUAAACUGGAUCCCUGUUCGCCGAACAAAUGUCUUCAUGGAGCAAAAUGCUCGCCAUCAUCAAAUUUCCUCGAUUUCGCAUGCACAUGUACGGUCGGUUACACGGGCAGACUGUGCGACGAAGAUGUGGACGAGUGCGUGAUGACGUCGCCGUGCAGAAACGGUGCCACUUGCCGGAACACCAAUGGCUCUUACCACUGCGUAUGUGCGAAGGGCUACGAGGGCCGUGAUUGCAUCAUCAAUACCGAUGACUGUGCAUCAUUUCCCUGUCAGAAUGGUGGCACCUGUCUGGAUGGCAUCGGUGAUUAUACUUGCCUUUGCGUGGACGGUUUCAGUGGCAAACAUUGCGAGAUCGACAUCGACGAAUGCCUGUCGCAGCCGUGCCAGAAUGGUGCCAUUUGCAAGGAAUAUGUCAACUCCUACACAUGCCAAUGUCAACUCGGUUUCUCUGGUAUUAAUUGUCAAACCAACGACGAAGAUUGCACCGAUAGUAGUUGCAUGAAUGGCGGUACAUGUAUCGACGGUAUCAACAAUUACACAUGCGUCUGUAAGACUGGCUACACAGGCUCGAAUUGCCAAUAUCGUAUCAAUGAGUGCGAUAGCUCGCCUUGUCAAAACGGCGCUACUUGUCAUGAUCACGUGCAGUACUACACAUGCCAUUGCCCAUAUGGCUACACAGGUAAACAAUGCGACAAGUAUGUAGACUGGUGCGCCGAUAAUCCAUGCGAGAACCAGGCGACGUGCGUGCAGCACAUGAAUAAGUAUCAUUGCAACUGUUCACCCGGAUGGACCGGCAAGGUGUGCGAUGUGGAAAUGGUUUCGUGCAAAGAUGCUGCCAUACGGAAGGGCGUGCCAGAAAAGAAUCUUUGCAAUAAUGGCACCUGCGAAAACAUAGGCAAUAGUCAUCGUUGUCAUUGCCUCGAUGGUUACACUGGCUCUUAUUGUCAGGAAGAGAUCAACGAGUGCGACUCGGCGCCAUGUCAAAACGGUGCAACUUGCAAAGAUCUCGUUGGCUCAUAUCAGUGCCUGUGCACUAAAGGCUUCCAAGGUCAAAAUUGUGAGCUUAAUAUUGAUGAUUGCCGACCGAAUCCUUGUCAGAAUGGUGGAACCUGUCAUGAUUUGAUCAAUAAUUUUACGUGCUCCUGUCCACCUGGCACUCUUGGUUUUAUAUGCGAAAUCAACAUCGACGACUGCAUGAUGAUUUCUUGCCACAAUAAUGGCACUUGUACCGACAAAGUGGGCGGCUUCGAGUGCAAAUGUCCACCAGGUUUCGUCGGACCAAGAUGCGAGGGUGAUAUUAAUGAAUGUCUAUCGAAUCCGUGUAAUCGGCAAGGUACUUUGGAUUGUGUACAAUUGGUCAAUAAUUUCUACUGCAACUGUAAACAUGGCUAUAGUGGCCCGCUCUGCCAACACAAAGUGGAUUUUUGCGAUAGCUCUCCGUGUCAAAAUGGCGGCGCAUGCAAAGCAGGCGGACGUAAUAAGCACGAUAAAUACUCUUGCGCUUGUCCUGCCAAUUAUCAUGGUCCUAAUUGUGAGUUUGCCGGCUCCUACUGCGAAUCUCAACCAUGUCGCAACGGCGGGACGUGUCACAUCGUCGGAGAUAGCUAUGAGUGUUUCUGCUUACCUGGUACGACGGGUAUGAAUUGCGAAUUCGAUAUCUGGAAUGAAUGCGAAAGACGUCCAUGUCGCAAAAAUGCUCCUUGUAUAAACAAAAUCAACGACUAUGCCUGUGAUUGUCCUCCCACAUGGUCCGGCAAAAAUUGCGAAAUAUUUGACUUAAAUUAUCCUGGUGGCGUAUUCAAUUUAAAUAUGUCCAAAAACACAAAUAUCAAUGAUCUUAAUUCGGAGCGCGAGCGCCAGAAGUGCAUUGAAAACCAAUGCAGAGAAAAGGCCGGUAAUUAUCGCUGCGACGAAGAAUGUAACAGCCAUGCAUGUAACUUUGACGGUAAUGAUUGUUCUUUGGGCAUCAAUCCGUGGCGCAACUGUACCGCGCCUAUGAGAUGCUGGGAAGUAUUCAUGAAUGGCGUGUGCGAUGAAGUCUGCAACAACCCACAAUGCCUCUUUGAUGGCAGAGAUUGUGAGCGAAAACUCCCUCCUUGCAAAUCCGUAGUCGUAAGGAUGGACAUGCAGACCUUCCGUUCGAAUAUCAUAAGCUUUUUACGUGAUAUUGGCCAUCAUUUGAGAACGACGAUUCGUAUUAAACAGGAUGAACUCGGCAACGAUAUGAUAUAUCCUUGGAAACAGGAAAGAGAGCUUAGCAUUCAUACUAAUAUGUUUGGUCGACCAAUGAUCCAUUCUAAUAAUAAGAACGGCGUGAUUGCUUACCUAGAAAUUGACAAUCGCAAAUGCACAUUGUCACAGAGCGCGGUAUGCUUUCCAUCAGCGAACGAGGCGGCCGAGUAUUUGGCUGCCACUGCAUCAAAACAUUCCUUAUCGCAGAGCUUUCCCAUCGAACAAGUGCGAAGUGUCCUGGGUCCCCAGGGUCCAGACUAUCCGGAUACUCCGACAAAUUAUAAAUACGUUUUUAUCGGUGUAGUCAUUGUGGUGCUCGGCGGACUGUUAGUGGGCGUCCUGGUGACUGCGCAACGAAAGCGUGCCGUUGGAGUCACAUGGUUCCCCGAAGGUUUUUUAAGAACCAGCAGCGGCAGUGGUCAACGACGCCGAUCGCGUCGGCGCGGUCCGGAUGGCCAAGAGAUGCGUAAUCUGAACAAACAGCCAUCGGUAAACUGUAUGAGUAUGGAUGUUGUGAAUGCUCGAGUGCAAUCCCAAUGGUCCGACGAUGAAUCUGAUUUGCCGCCGUCGAAGCGGAUGCGUGCCAUCGAGCCAGGUUACGCGAGCGAUCAUACCGUCAUCACUGAUUAUGAAGAGACCGAGCCACGUAUGUGGACGCAACAACAUCUGGAUGCGGCCGAGAUACGACGACCGGACGCAGGCGGUGUACUAACGCCACCGAGUCUCGAGCAUGGUCAGGAUGUGGAUGCGCGUGGUCCAUGCGGCAUGACGCCAUUAAUGGUAGCGGCGGUGCGCGGCGGUGGACUCGAUACCGGUGAAGAGGAAGAUGAGAGCGACGGUACAGCAGCGGUGAUCGCUGAUUUAGUUGCCCAAGGUGCCGAUUUGAACGCUACUACAGACAAAAGCGGCGAGACAUCGCUACAUCUGGCGGCACGUUACGCCCGAGCUGAUGCGGCCAAGAGAUUAUUGGACGCUGGCGCAGAUGCUAAUUCACAGGAUAACACUGGUCGUACACCGUUGCACUCUGCCGUUGCGGCAGACGCUAUGGGAGUUUUCCAAAUCCUAUUGCGUAAUCGGGCAACGAAUUUGAACGCACGUAUGCACGAUGGUACUACGCCGUUAAUAUUGGCGGCACGUCUAGCCACUGAGGGAAUGGUAGAAGACCUCAUUAAUGCCGAUGCCGAUAUUAAUGCUGCCGAUAACAGCGGCAAGACGGCAUUGCACUGGGCUGCAGCAGUAAACAACGUCGACGCAGUGAACAUACUGUUGGUGCAUGGCGCGAACAGAGACGCUCAAGAUGACAAAGACGAAACUCCAUUAUUCUUAGCAGCCCGCGAGGGUAGUUUUGAAGCAUGCAAAGCGCUGCUGGAUACGUUCGCCAACAGAGAGAUUACCGAUCACAUGGACCGGUUACCUCGCGAUGUCGCUAGCGAAAGGUUGCAUCACGACAUUGUCAGACUACUCGACGAGCAUGUACCAAGGUCACCACAGAUGGUUACGGUCAUUCCAAACGGUCCUCUCAUGGGAUCUUCGAAUCAUCCUCAAUUAAUCACACAUCCUACGGUAAUCGGUUCAGCGCCGAAACAGACCAAAUCAAAGAAACGGCCAAAAGCAGGCGGCACGGGAAACCCAAACAGCCCAGAGUCGGAGGGCGGCGGCGCAGUAGUGAUGGUAAGGCGAAAACCGUCGGUGAAGAAACCGCCGGCUAAACCGCGCGGCGCUCAACCCCCAAACCAAGAGAUUCCGCAGGGAGCAGAAGGAGCCGAAGGCAACUUACCGACAAGCCCGUACGAUAGCGCGAGUCUUUAUAGCAAUGCGUUACCCCUAGUGGCUCAUACGGCGACGGCGAAACAACCGCCACCAUACGAGGAUUGUAUCAAAAGCCAAUCGAUGCAAGGCCUGCAACAACUUGGUCUAGAUACCUUCGCGAGCAACUAUGGGCUGCCAUUUCACGACCAACUUCUAGCACCGCAUCAGCGACAGCAACAGGGUAUGGUGAACACAUUAUCGCCGCCGUACAGCAAUCAGUCACCACCACAUUCAGUGCAGUCUAACAUGACUCUUUCUCCACAAGCGAGCUACAUGGGCUCGCCAUCGCCAGCGAAGAGCAGGCCGUCAUUGCCCACUUCGCCAACGCAUAUCGCCGCCAUGCGGCAGGCGACGCAUCAAAAACAUGGCAGUAUGCCACCAGUAGGUUUUGAUUUCGAGAAUUUACCAUAUUCCUCGAGCCAACAGCAGCAGCAGCAGCAACAACAACAACAACAACAGCAGCAGCAACAACAACAAAUGCAGCAAACGCAACAGCAAAUCCAACAGCAGCAACAGCAGCAGCAGCAGCAACAACAACCACAGCAGCCGCAACAACAACAGCAAAAUACACAACAGCAACAACAGCAGCAGCAACAACAGCAAACGCAACAAUAUUACCAGUACUUGACGCCGCCGUCUCAUCAUUCCGGACCUGAUGUUACGCCGCAACAUCUCAUGCAAGCGCCCGAGAGCUUUCCAACGCCAUCGCCAGAUAGUCCGGGUCACUGGUCCUCAAGUUCGCCCCGUUCAAACAGCGAUUGGUCCGACUGCAUGGCUUCGCCCCCGAAUGCCUAUGGCGCCAGCGGCGGCGCUCACCAAAGCAACAAGGGUUCCGAAGCGAUCUACAUAUAAGACCGACAAUAACAGUGCUCUUUUUUUUACACAAAUAAGUCGUGAAAAAAAGAAAAAGUAGAAGAUAUAUGAACUGUGAUUAGCUCGAAUUCGAGCAUCUAGGCAUCGGAAA